AAAUUUUGCAAGGAAAAUAAGGGUGAAUGAAUACACAGAAGUAACGAAAAGCUUGCAUAGUUAAAGGCUCUUUUCUUCUUUUUGGCUAAUAAAAAGUUCAAAAUUGAGGAUUUUGAAGGAAAUCACUAGCUUGAGAGACAAUGAAGAUAUGAAUCAUCCACAAACAAGAAUUUCCAAUAUUCAAACCUAAGCUAUGUUGUCAUGAACAGACAAAUCUUCACGUCGUUUUGGCGCCUUUGUCAGCUUUGAAAUCAGUUGUGGAGCUUAUUGAUCGAUUUGGGCAAGGCCGUUGUCAUUGCGCUCCAGAUUUCGUUUAAUACUAAUUUAUUUAUUGUUAAUUUUUUAAUGACGUGUCAGUAUUUUAUUAUGUUUAGGGUAGUGUCCUCUAAUUGUAAUUGGUAUACUCUGCAAAUUGUUAGGGUUUGCACCUCAAUUUCGGCGAUGAAGAAGAACGACAAGGUACGCAGCGAUAAGCAGAAACAAAUAAUGACGAAAAAGAAGAACAUUUCGAGGUUGGGUGGAAGUGGCCUUUCGCUCGACGCUUUCGCCAACGCAAAAUCCAAGAACAAUCUCUAUAACCCAGCCAUCAUAAAGAAGCAAAGGGAGUUCUAUAAAAAUGCUAAGAAUGUGAAUAAGUUUAAGAAGUUGGUAAAGCAGCAAAACCAGCAAAAUGAUCCCUCCUUGGCUCAGAGACUUAAAGAGAAUGUAAAUGAAACUGAAGAGAACAAGGACAAGAGUGAGAGGAGGAAGAGGAAGAAUAGCGCCCUUAGUUUGGAAGAGUUGUACAAGAAGCAGCAUGAAGAGAAAGAGAAAGAAAGAAUGGAGAAAGAGGCUGUCCUGAGGGUAAAGAAGGAAGACAGAGAACAAGCUGAAGCUCAGAGAAAGGCUAUGCGAGAAAAAAUGCUUAAGAAGACACGAAAAGGGCAGCCUGUUAUGAAAUACAGAAUUGAGCAUCUUUUGGAGACUAUUCAAGGCUCAACUAAAAGCAGCUGCCAGUAAAUCCUGAGUCGUGGAGUAGAAAAGGACCAAUGGUGGAGAACAUUCCUUCUGUUGAAUUUUAUCAGAGCAUCAUGACAGUGACAUUAAUUCGGUGAACCAGCUUGAGUAGAACAGUUAUUGAGGAAGGAUGCACUGCUUAAUGAUAUAUUGAUUGUAGCAUAUUUGAUUGUGCAGUAUACUAUAGUUCAUCACAAUUUUGUGCAGACUAGAUUUCCAUCUUCAUCCAUGGUUGUAUCAAAUUUUGUACCACAAUCGAUGCUAGUAAUAUUUAUGUAGCAGCCGUGAUAAUCACUGUAGGCAGUGAGUACAUUAAGUUGCCAUUUGCGCCAAUAUAGAAACAGAUAAAUACGAAAUGCAGAAUGUUUAUCA